UUGUCGAGGCGGUUUUGGCAUGGCACAUUGCUCGCACUGAGUUACGAGCACUAUUCUUUGAAGCGUACUGUAGGUCUGGCCAACCUUAAGCUUACGGUCCUACUGUAACUUGGCUUUUCCGGAAGCAGGAGCUUUGUGUAGCAGCUCAACACUCCCUUUCCUCGCAUCCGUUACACCCAGCAAUGUCGGGGUAUAGUCGUCAACAGGCGUUGAAUGUCGCUACUUCCUCGCCUUUCACUAGGGACCUCCGUCAUGUUAAGGCCGUGAUACCUCGCUUCUGGAAUAACAAGGGUGCGUGGGCUGACGGAGGAGUCAAUGCAGUGAUGACGAAGGAGAGGAUAAAGUGGUGGAAUAUCGUGCCUGGGGACCGAGUUCGAGUUCUUGGUGAUCCCGAAAGCACUAUCCAUGAAGUCUCUCAAAUUAACAGACUCUCUAACCGGGUCUACCUCAAAUCUCGCAGUGCCUCCGAAGAUACUGAAAAUGUGCGUCCGCCCAGGGACAAGAAUGUCCAUUACGCCCGGUGUCAAUUGCACAUUGGAAACCAAGAAUUUCCGGCACGGAAGGGAGAGACUAAAUCGAAGACCCUAGAUGUGUUUGCCACACGGCUGAGUACAACCGCACCUCGUUGGAUUCCUUCUGAGCAUAGAUUUCAUUGGAAGCGUUUUGCUGUCGCUACGUUUCCCCGACUUCCGGAAUACAGCAAAGAUAACCGCCCACGCACGCAUAUUAAGUGGCCCAAACCGUUGAAGCAACGAUUGUCGGAUGCAACUCCUUAUGAGACGCCGUUGUCGGUUGUGAAUGAGAUCACCUACACUCUUCCGCCGUUACCCUCAGAUGUUACUGCCCCAUUACCUGCGCCCCCUUCGGAGCACGAAUAUAUCAAAACUAUCUCAAAGUCGGACGACUACACGUUCAACGCUUCACUACCGAUCGAGGUUCAUGUGCACAAGGAACUUACCAACCCCCACUCUCGAGCGAAGAAGCAAGAGCGCUGGCAAGCUUACCAGAUGUACCGACGCUCUCUGUUGCACCAGGUCAUUCAAGCUGAAUACAAAAGCCUCCGAGGGCGCACAAGAAGGGAAGCAAGAGCCGAGGCAACCUUCAAGUGGCGCCAGCAACUUAUCGACGAGCGUAAGGCUGAGGCAAAGAGGAGAUGGUGCAACCGGGGACAAGAGGCGAAACUUACGAGCAAGAAUGAGAGGAAGGCUCGCAAGGCAGACAGGUUGGACAAGAAGCUGCGCGACUUGGUCAUUCCCACUGCUCCUAAUCAAGUCAUUCCGGGAAAGCAGGCUAGGCUUUGAGUCUGUCUCUUCUCCCGCACCUAUAUGGUACUCCAGUGUUGCUAUUGAUAUGGAGGAUUAAUACACCAUUUGCUUAAUGCUGUCCUCGCAUCUCAUCCUACUGCUGACAGGGAUUUCCAACUUCCUUGCUUGUUUUGUCAUUCACAUCCACAUCCUACCGCCAAAUGCCAUUACAUAUGUGUGUGGCAUGUGCAUGAAUACGUAAUAUAGUGCGACUCCUUGCGACUCUCGAUCCAAACGUUACCAACGCGUGCGAUCUGUACGAAUAUCUUAGUACCACUCGGUUUAUCACACUUCUUUCAAGAGUGAGCUGCAACACAAUGUAGAUGAGUA